AUGUCGCAGUCCGCAGAACUCGCCCAGAAACGAGCAGAAGACUACGUGAAAUUCAAGCACUAUGCUGCCCUUGGGCUCCUUGUCGCUGCGCCAGUGAUCAUUGCUUUGCCUCCCCGGAAAUUCGAUCUUCAUACUGCCUCGCUAGGCGCUGCGUUUAUCAUCUCUGCAAACCAUCUCGCUACUGAACGGACAGGCAAGGGAAUAGUGUCACAUUUGGGAAGUUUUCUUCCAUCUAAGAAAAUGAACAUGUUCAGAGACCUUCCGACAGAUAAAGCCGAAGAGUUAAGUGAACGGAUGCGCCUUGCAAGAACACAGGAAAAGGAGGUAGAGAGGUUAAGAAUGGGAAUGGAGGGCGAAGGGGAAGAACGUACCGGCCUGAAUGGCGUGGUGAAAAAGAUAUGGAUGGGAAAUGAGACAGAAGGUUGGGAAGAGAGGAGACUGGAAGAAGAGAAAAAAGCCCUGGCAGAAGGGAAAGGGUAUACAGAUUUGAUACUUACCUACGUGAGAGAAGCUUGGAGGAUGGAUGAGGGCGGCAAAGAAGGUAAAAGAGAGACGAUGAACGAACAACAUGCAGAGAAAGAAAAAACGGAUUCUACGAGAUAG